UUCUUUGUCUGUUAUGAUCAAUGUUUGUUAGAUUACUUUGGUCAUAACCUGAUGCCAGAUAACUGUCUUUACUCAAUGUCUCCCCAGCAAGCUCUCGGGUACUAAUUUAUCUCUUUAUUUCAGAACAAUCUUUACUUUCAGAAUGACUGAUGUCUUAGAUAUUGAAAACGCUGAAGAAUUUGAAGUUGAUGAAGAUGGUGAUCAUGGGCUUGUAAAACUGAAGGAGAGAGCGCGCACCCGCAAGGGUCGUGGCUUUGGAGCUGACGAUCGACCGGAACGCAAGGAGAAGGGCCGUUAUGAAGCUGUUGAGGAUGCAUCUGGAGAUGAACCUGGACCUCAAAGAUCCGUCGAAGGUUGGAUUCUGUUCGUCACGGGAGUGCAUGAAGAAGCGCAGGAAGAGGACAUUCAGAACAAAUUUGCUGACUUUGGAGAGAUAAAAAAUCUGCACCUUAACCUUGACAGACGAACAGGGUUCUUGAAAGGUUAUGCUCUGGUGGAGUACGAAAUGUUCAAGGAGGCGCAAGCUGCUCUUGACGCUCUCAACGGAGGAGACAUUCUUGGCCAGACCAUCUCCGUGGACUGGUGCUUUGGCAAGGGCCCCAGAAAGACCAAAAGGGAUCGCAAACGGCGCUGAACCCAUGGCUUCGAAGAACAGUUCAUAUUUCCAAUUCAAUAAAUUUCAGCUGUUAGGUUAAUUAAUAAAAUUUUGAUAAA